CAAAUAAUUAGAUGUCAGUUAGAUAUAGUCCAACUAGGUCUGGGCAAAAUAACCGGAACCGAAGAAUCGAACCGAAAUACCCAAAACCAAAACCGGACUAAUACCCUCAAAUAUCCGAACGGUUCCUAUAUUUUUAUAUCCAAAAUAACCGAACGAACCGGAACCGAACCAAGAACCGAACGGAUACCCGAAUAUAUAAAAAUAUUAAUUAUAUAUACAUAUAACAUCACUAAAUAUAUAUUUUUAAUUUAAAAUUCUAUUAGAAGUAUCUGAAAAUAGUAGAUGAUAACUAAAUUAUUAUAAAGUAUCCAAACUAACCGAAAGUAUCCGAAACUAUCCAGAUAGUUUUAUCCGAAAUAUCCAAAGUAAUCCGAAAUAUCUAAAUUUUUUAUCUAAAUCAUCCUAAUUAUUUGAUAUUUUACCAUAAAUAACCGAUAUUUUAUCCAAAUUAUCCGAACUAUCCGAACCCGAACCGGAUCCAAAUGAGAACCAAAUUUUUUCCGGAUAUUUUUCGGUUCUUACAUUUACUAUCCGAACCGAACCGAACCCGAAACUAUCCGAACCGAACCGAACCAAAAAUAGGUCAAAUACUAAAUGGAUCCUCUAGCCCCUAUCCGAACUACCCAAAACCCGAAAUACCCGAACCGAACCGAACCGAUACCCGAUGCCCAGGCCUAACUCCAACCACGUUUUCACAUAGAGCCACAGAAUCAUCAUAGUUCAAUCACACAACUCGCUCUCUCCAUUCGUUCCAGGUACGUGAUUUGCUUCAUCAGAUCUUUCUUCGAUCUCCGUCUCAUCAUCUUCGGAUCGAGUCGAUUCGUGGAGCUGUUUGAUUUGAUAUUGAUCUGUGACAAUGGGAGCGGCUGGUAUCGACAUGGAUGAAGGAGCUCUCGAGAUCGGAAUGGAAUACAGAACUGUCUCAGGGGUUGCUGGACCUUUAGUCAUUCUUGAGAAAGUGAAGGGGCCAAAGUACCAGGAGAUUGUUAAUAUUCGCUUAGGUGAUGGAUCUAUGAGACGUGGUCAGGUCUUGGAAGUUGAUGGGGAGAAAGCUGUUGUCCAGGUUUUUGAAGGAACAUCUGGAAUUGACAACAAAUUUACCACCGUUCAGUUCACAGGAGAGGUUUUGAAAACACCUGUAUCACAAGACAUGCUUGGACGCAUAUUUAACGGCUCUGGGAAGCCAAUUGAUAAUGGUCCUCCUAUUUUGCCAGAGGCAUACCUUGAUAUCUCUGGAAGUUCAAUCAACCCCAGUGAGAGAACCUACCCUGAAGAGAUGAUACAAACAGGGAUUUCUACCAUUGAUGUCAUGAACUCAAUCGCUCGUGGACAGAAGAUUCCUCUUUUCUCUGCUGCUGGUCUACCUCAUAACGAAAUCGCUGCUCAAAUUUGUCGUCAGGCUGGUCUUGUUAAGCGGUUGGAAAAGACUGAGAACCCAAUUGAGGACCAUGGAGAGGACAACUUUGCAAUUGUUUUUGCAGCUAUGGGUGUAAACAUGGAGACGGCUCAGUUCUUCAAGCGUGAUUUUGAAGAAAAUGGAUCAAUGGAAAGAGUUACUCUUUUCCUGAACCUGGCAAAUGACCCAACCAUCGAGAGAAUUAUCACUCCUCGAAUUGCCCUUACAACCGCUGAGUAUUUAGCUUAUGAAUGUGGGAAGCAUGUGCUGGUUAUAUUGACAGACAUGAGUUCCUAUGCAGAUGCUCUUCGUGAGGUCUCUGCUGCUCGAGAAGAAGUACCUGGAAGACGUGGAUAUCCAGGUUAUAUGUAUACAGAUCUUGCAACUAUUUAUGAGCGUGCAGGGCGUAUUGAAGGAAGAAAGGGUUCCAUUACCCAAAUCCCUAUCCUGACUAUGCCCAAUGAUGACAUCACUCACCCUACUCCGGAUCUUACUGGUUACAUUACUGAGGGUCAGAUAUAUAUUGACAGGCAACUUCACAACAGACAGAUAUAUCCACCCAUCAACGUGCUUCCAUCACUUUCUCGAUUAAUGAAGAGUGCUAUUGGUGAGGGAAUGACUCGCCGUGACCAUUCUGAUGUGUCCAACCAGCUAUACGCAAACUAUGCCAUCGGGAAGGAUGUUCAAGCCAUGAAAGCUGUAGUUGGAGAAGAAGCUCUUUCUUCUGAAGAUCUGCUGUAUUUAGAGUUUCUGGACAAAUUUGAGAGGAAGUUUGUGAUGCAAGGAGCAUACGAUACAAGAAACAUCUUCCAGUCACUUGACUUGGCAUGGACACUGCUCCGUAUCUUCCCUCGUGAGCUUCUUCACCGUAUUCCUGCCAAAACACUUGAUCAAUUCUACAGCCGCGACUCCACAAGCUAAGCCUUCUUAAGCAACCUCUAUGUUGCUCCAUUCUUAUUUGGAAGUUUGGAACUUAAAUUAUGUCCCGAGAAGAAAAAACAAGAUUGCGUGAAAAAAAACUCAGAGAAUUGUGAUUUGGGAUUAUUCUUUUGUUUUUCAUUUGUAUAAUAAAGGCUUUGUGUAGGAAAAGCCUAGUAACACAAACGCUAUUUAUAAGCCUUGUUGUGUUUUUGUCUUCCAAACUGGUGAACCAUGUAUUUCUCGUGUAAUAAUCUAUUCCUUGAACACUCUUA